AUGCAUUUCGACGUGCUCCGCAGAACACUACACGAAGCGCCUCGAACCAGUAUAGAACGGUUGCAGCAAAGUACAGCCGUUUCCCGUUCAGCUCUUCGUGAGAAAUUAGGAAUUGAAUAAAGCAUACACAGUGAUGAAGUACUCGCCGCAGAACCAGCAGAAGGAAAGGAAGUCGGAGAGCGAUAUUCGCUCGAUCGAUGCGACGCCAAAACGGGGUGUUCGUGUUCAUUCUACAUCAACGGAGUGCAAGAACUUGUUGAGUUCGUCAGCUAGGAGUGCGGGCUGUCGUUCAUCGUCAACAGAGAUGUUUGCUUGGAUGCGUGUGUUCCAGCUGGCCACGAUGCUUCAUCAGGUCGGCUGUUAGUUCCAGGUGCAGCAAGAAGCGUCUCGUGUCGCUUUUAUAGAUGUAUUUAACGAAUUUAAAUUUAAAGAACCGUACACGUGUGUGUUGCGCGCUCCUCUAUGCCGCGCUUGCACUUGUGCAACCAGAUUGUCCCCGUAUGAGUUAUACGGUAUAACUGGAUGGCAUGGUCACACGUGUACAGGUGCAUCGGGAGACCGUUCUCUCUUGGUCGUGAUUUACGUAUACAUAGGGUGGUCGGUUCGUAACAUAGGAACGUCCGACGGUAGCUCAACUAUAGUGCGUUACGCAAUUACGUGUUAAUAACCACGGGCGUCGUACUGGCUACGUUCACGCUUACCAUGUAGAGACGACGUUAAUUGUACGCGUGUUUUUCGUGCACGUGCAUGCCGGUCAACGUAUAGUAAACGUCAAAUAAGACCAUGUAACUGUUUCGCGCAUCUAGAAUAUGAGCAUGAGGGGUCCCUCGAACUCCCGAUUCGCCCCUUUGGUGCUUUCUGUAACGUGGGCCAUAGAAUUUGUCAUACACCGGGUGACAUAAUGAAGUAUUUUUUAAGACAUGAAUUGGCACGUUUGUACACGAGGCAUAGUGAUGCUAAAUUAUUUAAGACGUUGGUAACUAUGAUAACCGAGAGGAAUAGGCGCAAACAAGACCGAAAUUCGUCAUUUCGCAGUUAUGGUCUUAUUUGACGUUUAGUAUACACCUGUCAGUGCGUAUAUACACGCGUGUCCAUCGUUACAUGGAACGCAGGCCCGAGUUUCAGUUAAUCGAUUGGUCGAUUGCGAACCAUUAAUUAACGCGUAAAUCUCGGAAUCGGAGGUAAUUCGUCUCAAUGGUGGUCAUUUGUUGAUUCAUCCCCCCAAAACAUUUUCAUUUCCUUUAGGUUUAGACAUUUCAGUCGGGUUAUAUGUGUACACGUGUGUACGACUGCCUGCCAUAUUAAUACGGUGUUUUAGGUUAUACGUUGUAUGUGAAUAGUUAUAAGGAUAUAACGUGGUGCUAUAUUCAAAACAUUCCUUUAAUUCAU